GUUGAUGUGCGAAGGAAAGGCGAGGAGCAUUCUCCGUGCUCUGGGCUGUGGGCUCAGAAGCCUUUUACUUUUGUACUUGACGAUUAAUCUCUCAUUUGAUCUAUGCUCACGUCCGGCCAUCCUUGGUUCUGCGCCUGGACAGACACUGCUCUGUGUCCUCUUGCUCUUGAUACCCAUUCUGAGGCAUAGUGACCAAGCCAUUACGAAGGACAUCCAAUCAUAUGUUUUCUGACGAAGAUCACACUCCUGAUUUUGAGCCCUCGAGCCAUGCGUUGCCUUGCCCAUCCCCCACGCGCUUAUAUUGGUCCCCCAUUCCAAUAUUGAUGCGCCUGCCACACGUCCGGCCUCCUCAGUUCAAGGUCCUUCGCUAACCUUUGCCGACCCACUUUACGCUCGUCGUUCCUGAGCAUGCGCUUCACUGGUCCGGACACCAAGGAAACUCAGAUCAGUAUAAAGACCCUCAAUGCAGAACGUAUUUCUCUCUCAUCUGCUCCUGGUCCAUUAUCACUAGCAAUUCUCAGCGCUGUCAUCCUCCCACUCACAGCCUCAUCCCGAUCAUCAUGUUCAACACUCUCACUCUUUUCGCUCUCUCUGCCUUUGCUCUCGCUGGUGUUCAUGCCGAGUCGCACACCAUCCACUUCGACAACAGGUGUGGCUCCGGGACUCCUGUACUAGAGCAAAACUUUGUCACUCUGAACCCCGGUGGCGGGGACUACACCUCCAACGGUCCUCUCGAAGCUGCUAUCGCCUACCUCCAAACCGGCAGUUGUGGUUACGAAGGCACCGGCUGCACCCUCCUCGAGACCACCCUCAAGAACGGUUAUGUCUCCAGCACGGACGUCUCGCUCAUCAGCCCCCACGCUUACUCCGUUGCUACUGGUUUCGGGUAUUACAACGGCUGCGACGGUACCGGAAACGAUUGCACAUCGAGCGAUUGUUCUGGCGCGUUCCAUGUUACGGGCGACUACAGUGCUCAGGUGCAGUGCACGGCUGAUGAUGUGGAUUUGACUAUCACGUUCUGUGAUUAAUUUGUCGGAGUGCUUGCCUGAUAGUUUCUCGUCAGGGUUUUCAUCGGUCUCUUAGGUUAAACUUUAUUGUGCUAUUUAUUUCCUUUGGGCAAACAAAAUCU